CUCACUCCCUCCCCUCGCUACACCCGAAAACUAACGAAACAGCAAAAAUACCAAGAUGUCAGAGCUCCUCAGCUUUACCCUCGCCCACGAGCAAUUUCGGAGAGCCCGCCUACCAUCCCUAUACUCCGACUUCUGCCCCCUCCGAGCAAACAACCCCUCCGGCUUUCUCGCGAACGUCACAGCAUGGAAGUCCGUUCUCAGCCAGGCCGCUGCGAAUGGAAUCCUAGGUGGCGACACGUUAGUUCUCGAGAUCGGGGAGGGGCUAGUUGGUUCCUUAGCGACGAGGGAGUGGGGGAGGCCGUUGGCGUUGGGGACCGUUGUUAAUGAAGCAGUGUCUACGCGGGAGUUUAUCUCGCUGGAGACGUUUUUGGGUAUGCGAGAGAGUGUGUAUUAUCGUCCUUGGGUGGAUCCUUGGAAGGUGCUUGUGUGGGGACUGGAAGUUGUGGGACUGAAAAGUCGGGCGGUGGAGGAUGGGAAGAUUCGAGAGGGGAAGGUGGUGGUGCUUAAGAAUAUUGAGGAGACGGCAAAAACAAUCCUCAAAGAAAUCUCCAAGAGACCAAUCAUUGUCGAUCGAAUAUUCUCCACAGAAAUGUUCCUGCAAGAGUUCCCUAUUCACGGGAAACCGCUCUCAGAGGCAGACCUCCGAGUGUUACUAGUCUUCCUGUCCCGUGACCUCCGAGAAGCUUCCGUAGCCAACAACGUAACCCCCCUUUCACCCCCCCCCCUCCACAAACAAAAACUAACUACCCUUCCACCUCAAACAAUAAAAUUCAAACCCCCCACGGGAGAACUAACCCCCGUAUCCCCACAUGAUACCACGAUCGCCAACCUAAAAACACUAAUCACCUCCCUGCACACCACCAUUUCCACGAUCUCCACGAAGAUCUCAACCUCCGACGCCAAAGCCCGCACCGCCAUACAAUCCUCUAACAAGCACGCUGCCCUCUCUGCCCUCAAAUCCAAGAAAAUCGCCGAAACCUCGCUCGAAUCACGCGCGAAAUCACUCGCACAGCUGGAGAAAGUCCUCGUGAAGAUUGAGCAAGCGGCGGACAACAUCGAGCUUGUACGCACACUGGAAGACAGCAGCAAGGUUCUCGCAGGGCUUAACAAGCGAGUCGGAGGAGUUGAGGGUGUGGAUAAGGUUACUGAUGAGCUUCGGGAGCAAAUGAACGAGACUGGCGAGAUCACUAGGAUCUUGGGCGAGGAGACAAGCGCCAUGGCCCAGGUUGACGAUGGGGAGGUGGAGGGGGAGUUUGAAGCUUUGCUGCAGGAGGAAGAGAGGAAGGUUAGGAUGAAAGAGGAUGAAGAAGCGUUGAAGAGGAAGUUGCCGAAGAGCAAGGAAGAGGUUAAUGGUGAGCUAAAGGCCGUGACCGGGCCUAUGGAGGAGCUGAAGUUGAAGGAGGAUAUACUCGUGCCCACACUCGUGCUCGCGCCGGCGCCUGCGCAGAAGGAGCAAAGCCCGGAGCAAGUGCCGGCCUCGUAGUUAUCAUUCCUAGUGGAUUGGAGUUUUGACACGAAAAGAGAGAAUAGAUAGCACCUCACAGCUUUACGUACUGUACUGUACUGUAUAAUCUCACCGAAUCACACCCUUUA